CGGCAUUCUCCAUCCUCACAUCCUCCACAGAAUUUCACGCCUCGAACAAGCAGAGGCCCAGCCAGCCAUCUGCAAGGUACAAGUAGCCCGCCCCUGGCACGCACGCACACAGAGAGAAUUCAGCCGCCGCCGACGACGACGGACAUGGCGCGCUGGGCCAUUGCCAUCCACGGCGGCGCGGGCGUGGACCCGAACCUGCCGCAGCACAGCCAGGAGGAGGCGAAGCGCGUGCUGGCGCGGUGCCUGCAGGUGGGCGUGGACCUGCUGCGCGCGGGCGCGCAGGCGCUGGACGUCGUGGAGGCCGUGGUCCGCGAGCUCGAGACCGACCCUUUCUUCAACUCGGGCCGCGGCUCCGCGCUCACCCGCGCCGGCACCGUCGAGAUGGAGGCCAGCAUCAUGGACGGCCGCGGCCGCCGCUGCGGCGCCGUCUCCGGCGUCUCCACCGUCAAGAACCCCGUCUCCCUCGCGCGCCGCGUCAUGGACAAGUCGCCGCACUCGUACCUCGCCUUCCACGGCGCCGAGGAGUUCGCCCGUGAGCAGGGCCUGGAGACCGUGGACAAUAGCUACUUCAUCACCGAGGACAACGUCGGCAUGCUCAAGCUCGCCAAGGAGGCCGGCACCAUCCUGUUUGACUACCGUAUCCCACUGACGGGAGCGGACACGUGCAGCGCGCUGGCGGCGGCCGCGGUGGACAGCGGCAACCACCACCACAAGGCUGGCAUGGUGAUGAACGGGCUGCCCAUCAGCGUGUACGCGCCGGAGACGGUGGGUUGCGCGGUGGUGGACGCGUCGGGCGCCUGCGCGGCGGCCACGUCCACGGGCGGGCUCAUGAACAAGAUGACCGGCCGCAUCGGCGACUCGCCGCUGAUCGGGUCGGGCACCUACGCGUGCGGCGCGUGCGCCGUGUCGUGCACGGGCGAGGGCGAGGCCAUCAUCCGCUGCACGCUCGCGCGCGACGUCGCCGCCGUCAUGGAGUACAAGGGCCUGCCCCUGCAGCAGGCCGUCGACUACUGCGUCAAGGAGCGCCUCGACGAAGGCUUCGCGGGGCUCAUCGCCGUGUCCAGCACCGGCGAGGUGGCUUAUGGGUUUAACUGUACCGGCAUGUUCCGGGGAUGUGCCACCGAGGAUGGAUUCAUGGAGGUCGGCAUCUGGGAGUGAGUGAGCCAGCGAGUCCUCGGAGGUGGAGACGUGUGCUGCAUGUGGCAAUCCUGCGAUUGCCAUGUGCAUAAUCUCUGUUUCUGGUACUUGGUAGUAUUGCUAUUGGGUUGUCAGUAGUAGUGGUCACAAGUGUUGUCCACUGAUCACUAGUGGUAGCGAUUGGAGAUUGGACCUGAGGUUAAUAAGGAUGGUGAUUGUGUGGGAAUGCCCUGAAUAAUAAUUAAUAAUUAGUGUGAAAAGUUAAUCAUA